GAAGUAUAAUCGUUCAAGCUAUUGAAUCUUCACUUUAUCCCUUCUUGCAAUAUCUCACCUUUCCUUUUCUCACCUCCCAUCCCACGCCGCCGUCGUGCAGCUCCUCCAUUCCUCCUCCUCCUCCUCCUCUCCGCUUGACCACCCCCCACCCCUCCUCACCACCACAAUGUCCGACCUCGAAAAGAAACCCGGCACCGAAGCCGUCCUCCACCACCACAUCCCCUCCACCUUCAUCGUCCCCACCCCCGAAGAAGAAUCCCGCGUCAUCCGCAAACUCGACAAACGCCUCCUCCCCCUCGUCUUCACCCUCUACUCCCUCGCCGUGCUCGACCGCUCCAACCUCGGCAACGCCAAAAUCGCCGGCAUGCAAAAAACCAUCGACCUCACCGGCGACCGCUACCAGCUGCUCGGCACCAUCUUCUACAUCGUCUACAUUUGCUCCCAGUGGACCAUGGUCGGGUGGAAAGCCUUCAAGCCCCACAACUUCGCCGCCUUUACCGUCUUGUUCUGGGGUUUCAUCGCGAGUAUACAAGCCGCGGCCUUCAACUGGGCGGGAUUGAUGGUCUGUCGUGCUUUUCUCGGUCUCGCCGAGGCCAUGUUUGGACCCGGUGUGCCGUUGUAUUUGAGCUACUUUUAUCCCAAGGAUAAGGUGGGAUUCAGGCAUGGUGUCUUCCUUUCGGGUGCCGCGUUGGCGAACGUGUAUGGGAGUGUGUUGGCGUAUGGUAUCAGUCAGAUUCGAGGAUCGAUUGGACCGUGGAGGAUUCUAUUCCUGAUUGAGGGAUUGCCCACGAUGGUGUUUGCUGGAUUCACGUGGUGGUUUUUGCCGGACAGCAUCAGUCAGGCGUCGUUCUUGACCGAGAGGGAGAAAGAGGUGGCGUUGUAUUUCACUUCGCGGAAUCAGAAAGUCGAUGCUGGGCAUGAGACGGGUGUGAGAUGGAAAGAGUGGUUUUCCGCCUUCAAGGACCCGAAGAGUUUCCUGCCGGGGUUGAUGUACUUUGGCUGCAACGUCUCCUUCGCCUCCCUCCCCCUCUUUCUCCCCACCAUCAUCAGCGAGAUGGGCGCCUUCACCCGCGUCCAAUCCCAAGGCCUCUCCGGCCCCCCUUACGUCCUCUGCUUCAUAGUAAUCAUUACAGUCUGCUACGUCUCCGACCGCACCCACAUGCGCGGCCCCUACGUCGCGCUCUGCGCCCUGGUAGCCGCCAUCGGCUUCAUCAUCAACGCCACCACGGAAACCUCCGCUCCCCGCUACGCUUCCACUUUCCUCUCCGUGUGGAUUUUCGGCAGUAUCGCGCUGCUACUCGCGUGGAUUGCGAAUUUGAAUGGCACGGAGAGUAGGAGGAGUGGGGGUUAUACGAUCAUGUAUACGAUUGGACAGUGUGGACCGGUGUUGGGGACGGAGAUUUUCCCGCCGAGUGAGAAGCCGUUGUAUAGGAAGGGGAUGUGGAUCAGCGCGGGCGCCUGUCUAAUGGUCUUCACCCUCGCCGUCAUCCUGACUUUCUGGCUGAGAUGGGAGAAUGCAAAAAUGGACCGCGACGGCGUGCCGGUUCCGGACCCGAACGAUCGAGAGGACGAUCUCUCCGACGAAGCGGAGGAUCGAAGGGCCAGGGCGCGGGUGAGACAUAUUUGGUGA